AUGUAUAUGUAUGCAUAUGAUAUAAGAAUUGUAUCUAAUAAUAAUAAAUAUACUCGUACGCAAUGGCGUUGGACUGGAACUUCUUGUGAUGGUCUAAUUGAUGAAAAGAUCAACUUUAUUGAAGAUGAACAGCAAGGGGUAAAGAGAUUUGAGAUUUGUGAUGAUAUGAUUUAUCACAAUAGUCACAAUGGAUAUGUUUAUGCUUUAGUGUUGGGUGUAAACAAAGAUGGUGACAUAUUAAUAAGUGGUCAGAUUUGGUCAAUUAAACAAAAUUCUAUGAAUUUACUAAGAAGAUUGGGAGGCACUGAUGCUGGUGUUUUAACGUUAGUAUUGCAAGAUGAAUUAUUAAUAUGUGGUACACAAGGUGGAAAUAUUAAAAUUUAUGAUUUAGAAACUUAUCAGGUAAAAAUGAAUAUUAAUAGCAAAUAUUAA